AUGCUUGGGCGACGAUCUUUAAAUCUGGAACUUACCAGUUUUGAUCCUGAGAUCGAAAGAACAGCUCGAGAGAAUCUAAGCUUGCUAAAAAAUUCAGAGUCUGAGUCGGAAAAGUCUGUUGAGAUGGGAGAACCGCUUAGGAAUGGGGAUCCACCCAGAACCCUCAGAGAAUUAUUUGCACCCAUCACUACCGACACUCCAUCCUGCAUAGUGUUGCCUGCUACUAAUGCUACUCAUUUUGAUUUGAAGCCGAGUGUAAUUCAAAUCCUUCCUACUUUCCAUGGUUUAGAGAAUGAAGAUCCUUACGCUCAUGUAAAGGAAUUUUUGAAGAGGUGCAACACUUUCAAAUUUCAAAAUUUUUCAAAUGAGUCGGUGCGUCUAAGGCUAUUUCCUUUUUCCCUAAGCGGUAGGGCGAAAGCAUGGUUACAUUCCAACAUGCCUGGAUCCAUCACCUCCUGGGAAAUUUUACUGACCAAGUUCUACAACAAAUUCUUCCCAAUCUCGAGGAUUAAUGAAUUUCGUCGAGAAAUCAGCAGUUUCAGUCAAGAGGAGGACGAGAAAUUCUGUGACAGCUGGGAGAGAUUUAAAGAGCUAACUAUAAAGUGUCUGCCCCAUGGUUUUGAGACUUGGAGGCUCAUUCAAUUUUUCUACUAUGGGUUAACUCAAUCGGAGCGUUACAUGAUUGAGUCCAUGAAUGGUGGCGGGUUCUUGAAUCUUACAGGAGAAGAAGCCUACAAGACUCUAGAUGAACUGUCCGAUAAUUCACAACGGUGGGAUUUUUCAAGUCGUCGAGGUAAAUGUUCCACUACCACCAAGAAGGAAGGACUCUAUGGGGUGAAGGACAAUGAAGAUAUCAAGGGGCAACUCAAGGAUAUCAUGCGUACGAUUGAAGCCAUUGCUCUGAACAAGCCAGUGAUUGCAGCAAACACUUAUCAAGCUGACGUAUGUUCUUUAUGUGCUAGCCCGAUGCACUUUACUCAGAACUGCCCAUCUCUGUCGACAGGUGCAGAAUAUCCACCAGAGCAGGUCAAUGCCUUCGAUGAUUACAGGAAACCAACAAGUGGACGUUUUCCUGAGACUUACAACCCAGGGUGGCUCAACCAUCCCAAUUUCUCUUGGAAGCAAAAUCAAGGAAGAACCUCGAAUCAAGCUCAUGCUCAACAUUCUUCUGGAUUCCCUCCACAGGCUCAGAAUCAGUUCCAGUCAACCACUCAAGUGCCGCAGCCUCAACCAGCACCACAGUCAUCAUUGGAAGAAACACUCCAAGCAUUCAUUCAGACAAGCAACCAAAAUAUACAAGAGCUUCAGAAGGUCACCAUGAACAACAGUCAGACUAUACAAGAGCUUAAAAACGAGGUCAUGUCUUCAAAUCAAGCUAUUGCCAAGAUAGAAGGGCAAAUUGGCCAACUAGCCAAUCAAAUGGGGGAAAGAGAAAUAGGGAAAUUCCCAAGUCAACUAGUGCCUAACCCAAAAGGGCAAUUUGUUAUUGGGAGUACAUCCGGUCCUUCUCAUGGGCAAGAGCAUGUGCAAGCCAUCACAACUUUGAGGUCAAGAAGGCGAGUGGAUAAUCAAGUGGCCAUGCCGGAAGAAGUCACUGAGGCGACAAAAGAGGAGGAAAGCCAGGACAAGCUUGAUAGAGAUCUUGGACUAGACACUAUCUUUCCAAUUGCUAAGGAGAUUCCCCAGAAGUUUGUUCCCAAAGCUCCGUUUCCAGAAAGACUGGCGACUCCCAAGAAAGGUUCAAAGUUUGAUGACAUUUUGGAAGUAUUUAAACACGUGCAGAUCAACAUUCCUUUCCUCGAUGCCAUUCAGCAAGUGCCUUCGUAUGCUAAAUUUCUGAAGGAUUUGGUAACCAUUAAGAGAAGGACAAAUGUUCCCAAGAAAGCCUUCCUAACUGAGCAGGUCAGUUCUAUUCUUCAGUGUAAGAUCCAUGUCAAGUACAAAGACCCUGGAUGUCCUACAAUUGCAUGCAUGAUAGGUGAUAGCAAAGUUGAAAGAGCUCUGUUAGAUUUGGGGGCUAGUGUGAAUCUCUUUCCAUAUUCAGUUUAUGUCCAAUUGGGAUUGGGUGAGCUAAAACCCACUUCAGUGACACUUCAGCUAGCCGACAGAUUUGUGAAAGUUCCAAGGGGAAUCAUUGAAGAUGUUCUGAUCAAAGUUGAUAAGUUCUACUACCCUGUGGACUUCAUCGUUUUAGACACAGAACCGGUCAUGAAUGUGAAGAUUCAGAUUCCAGUAAUACUAGGGCGUCCCUUUAUAGCUACGGCUAAUGCCCUAAUCAAUUGUAGGAUUGGAGUCAUGAAGUUAUCUUUCGGGAACAUGACAGUGGAGCUAAAUAUUUUUGAUAUCAUUAGGCAACCAUUUGACUAUGAAGGGGUCAGAAGUGCAUGCGCAAUAGAAGAGAUAGUGGAAGAGACUGUCAACGAGCCAAUUGUUGAAGACCAGUUGGGAACGUGCCUUACUACAUUUGGAGGCGACAUGGACCUGGAAACAUUACUUGAGCAAGCUGACACCUUGUUGGACUCAACACCUGAGACAGAAACUGACAUCGGGGAAACCACUGAGACAUCAUCCCCUAAUCCAUCUCCAUCAGCAAUUGAGCCUGCCAAGCGGGACCUAAAGCCUCUGCCUGACACUCUGAAGUACAAAUAUCUUGACCGGUUUGAAUCUCUACCGGUGAUCGUAGCCGCUGACCUAAAUGAGACUUAA